AUGUUGUUGUUCAUUCUUUUUGUAGUUAUCCUAACUUGCAUCGUUUUUAUCAUCUUCGUAUGCCUUAUUCGUAACAACCACAUUGUAUUAAGGCUUUUUACAAACGGGCAUAGGCCCCCUGACGCGCUGCCGCCACCCGCUGUGUUGUGUGAGACGAGGCGACUUCGGGCGCUUGGGGGAGGAGUGAACGGAGCGGUUCUGAUAGGGGAUGAAAACAGGCAGUUGCUUAGCGCCCUGGACAUUCCACUCACUCCGGUGCCUUCCCUGUGCGAAGACUGUAAGGAACUGUGCCGUAGUAGCUCCAACUGUUCUACGUUAGAUAUUGCCAUCAACGACGGAUGCCUCGCAACUCGCGAGUGCGCGAAGGAGAGUGCCGUGUUGGGUGCCCAUGACUGCGGCAAAUGCCAACUGGGUUACCCCAAAAGGAUUCGCGACUUGUCAACUGAUCGCGUGUUUGAGCUGUACGUUAGCCAACCGUCUUCGGCUCUCUACGGUUCGGCACAAUACAUUACUAUUGAUAAGGAACCGGACGCCUCAGUGCGCUGCACACGGGAAAGCAGCAAAUUAAACCGUAGAGCUAGCGAAUCACUGGGAAGCAUCUGUUGCGCUCGCACACCGACAUCAACCACGAAGACUCAGAAUAUGGCAGGUGAAGUCUUUGCUGAACCGUUUAGUUCUUUUAGGUGA